UUACUUAAAAUUCAAUUGUGUAUAUAACGAAACAACAAUGAGAUAGUUAAAUGUGACAAUCGUAAGUCUGCAUUGUAGGAAUUGGUUCGACGUAUGACGAAAACAAGAAAAGAGAAGUCAAACAAAAAUAAGAAGUGGAAGAGGUUACAACACAAUGGUCCUUGUUUAGAACCUUCGUAUUCCAGACUUCCAAAUUCGAUCCACUUUCUCUACAAUGGCCAGACUUUGAAACUGAGCAAAUCUGCAGAAGAAGCAGCCAGUUACUACGCCAAAUUGUUUAAUCAUAGAUAUUCCCGGAAGAAACGUUUCGUUAAGAACUUCUUCAAUGAUUGGAGACAAAUAAUGACAAGUAGAGAGAGAGAAGUAGUGACUAAUUUCGAACUGUGUGAUUUCCGAAACAUCUCUGAAUUCUACCGGAAUCAAUGGGAUGAAAAAAAGAGACUUUCUAGAGAAGAAAAAAUAAGACAAAGAAACGAGCUUUUAGAAAAAUAUGGCUAUUGUAUUAUAGACGGAAAGAGACAAAAAAUAGGAAAUUUUAAAGUAGAGCCGGGAGGAUUAUUUAUAGGAAGGGGAAAUCAUCCAAAAAUGGGACGAAUAAAGAAAAGGGUUCGAGCUGAAGACGUGACUAUAAAUAUAGGAGAACUUGACAAUGUACCUAAUCCUCCCGCCGGUCACCAAUGGAAGGAAGUGAAACACGACGACACAGCCAUAUGGCUGUCGUCUUGGACUGAAAGCCUUUUUAACAAAACCAAAUACAUUUUUCCGGAUUCCUGUUCGAAAUUCAAGAUGCGCAGCGACCUCGAAAAAUACGAAACUGCACGAAAAUUGAACGGAUGUAUCGAAAAUAUUCGCGAGACUUACAAAAAUAUGUGGCAAUCGGGUUACAUCAGAGAGCGACAAGAGGCAGUGGCUCUGUACUUCAUUGACAGAUUAGCGCUAAGAGCGGGAAACGAGAAAAAGGAGGACACAUUAGACACCGUAGGUUGCUGUUCUCUUAAAGCUAAACACGUCAAGCUGAGAAGAGAGGGAAAUAAUUACAAAGUAUUCCUAGAUUUUCGUGGGAAGGAUAAUAUUAGAUACAUGAAUAACAUUUCGGUGGAGAGAGAGGUGUAUCAGAAUUUAAUCGAUUUCAUUUCAAAUAAGAGACCUGGGGAUAAACUUUUCGACCAACUGAACGCUACAUUACUGAAUGGACUUUUAAAUCAGAUGAUGGAGGGUCUCACGGCAAAGGUAUUUCGAACAUAUAACGCGUCAAAAUGUUUCCAGAACGAGUUAAAUAUAUUAACGACCGGGAACACUAAUCUUGAACAGAAAAUGCUGGCGUACAAUAGAGCCGCGAGAAAAGUUGCCGCUCUGUGUAACCAUCGACGAAGUGUGCCGAAAAAUUAUACAAAACAAAUGAAGAAUCUACAAGAUAAAAUACAGAAGAAAAGGAAAUUAGUCGAAAUUUGCGAAAAGGAAGCGAUCCUGGCGAAAAAAGAAUUCGAAAGAUGCGGAACGGAUAAGGCUAGAAUGACAUAUUUCAGAAAACAAAACAGUUUACACAAGACUAAAGAGCAAUUGCAAAAAUUAGAGUUAUCCGCCAUUAAUAAAACGGAGAGCAAAAGUAUUGCUAUAAGUACUUCCAAAUUAAACUACUUAGAUCCUAGAAUUUCGGUGGCUUGGUGCAAGAAGUGGGACGUGCCCAUAGAGAAAGUGUUUAAUAAAACGGAAAGAAGCAGAUUUGAGUGGGCGAUACAAACUGCCGACGCAAAUUUUGUAUUUUGAAAAUAAAAAAAAAAAAUUCAUUCUUACAUUUUUUUAAAAUUUAUAAAUAAACGAACGUUAUAUCUC